AUGUGCAGAGGAAAGGUGGCAGCUCGCAGCGGCGAAGACUUUCAAAGCUUCUCGUUGUUUGAGGAAUUAGAACAGAAAGGAUUUCUGAGUCCCAAUCAUUUGGUUUUAUUAAAAGGCAUGUUGAAAGGAGUCAACGAAUGGGCUCUUUUUGAGGAAGUUGAAAAGUUUGAGACCAAAAGAAAGGAAUACAACAACUUGCUUGAGGAAAUCAUUCGAGUGCUCGACGAGCUAAAUGAUCUGGAACGAAUCGUCUCGAUUUGCGGAGGAAAGAUAGCGGAGGAAAGGCAAGGCAACGUUAUUAAUGUACGAUCAUUGUUUAAGGAGCUAGAAGAGAACGACUGGCUAGGAAUUGACUGCCUCGACACUCUAAAGGAGAUUUUGACCCUGACGGAGAAAAGUGAUCUGCUCAAGGAAGUAGAAGAAUUCGAGCAACGACGAAGUCGUGAAAACAAGUUUAGAAAACGCAAAGGUAAUUCUACAUGUCUGCGGCUCAUAUUUCUAGCCGUGCUUAGUCCCAGAAUUGAUUAGCACAUUUGUCUUACUUAACUCUUUUUUAUUUCAGCACAAGCAGCUUCUCUUGUGUCAUCAGUUAGCGACAAAUUGUCUGGAGGUAAGUUUAUUUUCGUAUUUGUGUAUGUGCUUCUAAGGCCCGGUUCAGACGCCGAACUUUUCAUGAGCAGAACCUAAUACAUUGAAUUAAGUACAUGGAAAGUUCGGCGUCUGAAUCAGUUAGGAACGCCUGUUUCAAUUUGGAACGGCUCAGCCGUUCUUUUCGCCUAGCCCGGUCGGGAAUUUCGCCUUUGGAGCGACUUUGGAACGGCUUUGAUUCAGACGCCGAACUUUUCAUGUACUGAACCUAAUGCAUAAGUUAUCAUAACGUAUUUUGUAAGCAGUUUGUCCGAAAUGAGCAUUUUCCGCCUCAUCAAUUCAGCCGAUCUUAAUAAUUUGGGUCGGCCUUAAUUCGAAUUAGGUUCGGCUCAUGAAAAGUUCGGCGUCUGAACCGGGCCUUAAAGACUGAGUUUACUCAUAUUCAUGUUCGACUUAUAAAUUAACGUCGAGUCACGAGAAAAUCUAAAGUACACACUUUAGCCAAGAAUUGAUUUUGAUUAUUUUCUUCAAUUCCCUUAUUAUACUUUUAUCCACACUUACUUUCUGAAAGCUGUGCCAGUGGCGGGUUCUUGCGCUUCAAACUAACCAUCUUUAAAACAAGCAUCAAGGCUCGGCCUCUGAUUAACAAGACAGAAUGAAACGGGGAGAGAUAUCUACGGGAAUAGCCUUAAGUUCGCAUUAAGGAAAUAGAAAUCUCCUGCCCAACAACCUGGCAAUAGGGAAAUACAUCUUACCUGCUUUUGUUGAAUUUGGAGGUUAACUACGGGAAAAUAAUUUUGCGGAGCUGUAGCACUAUUCUGUUCAUAGUCGACCAUAGAAAUCAUUAGUCUGAAGGAUGCGAGGUCUUGCAAUUAAUGAACUAAAGCUUCACUCCUAAGGAAUGUACUGAAAAAAAAAUUGAGGGCGUUACAUGCGCUAGAACACCUAGAACCACUUUUUAAAAUUUUCUAUACAUUUGUCUGUAAGAAAGUCCCGGGAAAAAUUACAGAAAAAUAUAUGGAAAAUCUAAAGCAAUCCCCUGGAGAAAUUUAAGUACAGGUACGCCCCCUAAAUUUUUUUAGUACUAUCCUUUGUUUUCUGCCUUUCGUUUACAACUGAUAUUUUUUUCAGCACAGCCGUUUUACGGAAAUUGUUCGACAUUAGAUUCUCAUACAAACACUGUAAUUUCUCACACGUUUGCCUACUCGUCAAGCUGGCGUCGAAAACCGUGACAAGCUCUGUUAAGGCGAUUAUGAAACAAUAUGGCCCAAUUACCUUGCAACAGCGUGUUGACACUUAACUGUUCAACAGGGAAAUACAUCUUACCACCUGCUUUGGUUGAAUUUGGACGUUAACUACGGAAAAAUAAUUUUAAGGAGUUCUAGCACUUUUCUGUUCAUAGUCGACCUUAGAAAUCAUUAGUCUAGAGGAUGCGAAGUCUCGCAAGCAAUGAAGUGCAUCGUAUCUUAAAGUAGCAUAUUAAUUAGCUAAAAGAUUAUUCUUAGUUUAGAACCACGUGACAAGGCGGAAAAUUUUGUCGCAGAAUAUGCAAAAAGAAAUAUUUAAACUACGGAAGACAAGGUUUCAAAACCUAGGAUAAAAAAGUUAUUAGCAUACACAAGUUUUCGAUGCCAUCACAAAAUUUUUAUUAAGCGAUAAAAUUGGACGUUUAGUAACAUUGGUUUAUGAAUCACAUGACAAAAACGUCAAAGAAAUAGUUGAAAGUCCCCAGCGUGAAAAACGUAUUUUGUUCUUAAACCUAAGAAAAAUAUCAAGCUUUUCGCGAGACGAACCAAAUUUAGUGAGUUAAGUUCAAGUUCGCCUGCUGGAUCGUCGAACACGUUCUAUCCGUCUGCUUCAGAGGCGGAUAGAACGUCUGAAGAUCGUCUCCAGGACAAACGUCGAUCUUCACACGCGACUAACUAAACUAAAAAAUUAAAAAAUUCGUUUCAUAAUGUAAUACUUGGCCUCGUCCAGGAGAUAAUUUGGAUCAUUAUACGUUUCUGGGAAACUGACCACAUACCCCUACCCUAAGCCAACAUUUUGCCAUAAGUGAGAAGUAAGUGUUAAUGUUGCGCAUGCCUUAGGGUCGGGUUUCCCAAAAACGUCUUGUGAUCCGAAAUUUUUUUUAAAACUGCUUUUUGGUCUGAUGACGUUGAUUGGUUCGACUUUAAAAUAUUCAUGAAAGAAUUUACUAUUGGGCGGGGACAAUUAAACUGCAUAUAAAGGGUAAUAUACUUCAGGGCAAAAAGAAAAUAACGACUGAAUUUCAUAAGACCACCAUUUUCUUCCGAAAACUGGAACUCUCUUGGACAGUGAGAAUCACUUCUUUUCAUGAAUACUGCCCAUAUUACUGAGGUCAAACUUUGGGCGGACAUUCUGUCAGAAACGUCAGAGAAGUCCCAGAAAUUAGCGGGGAUUGUCCGAUAUUCUAAUAUCUGCGAGAGAUCACUUAAUAUAGCGAACGAAGCAGGCGCUCAGCAGGGAUAGGAAAGAGGGACAUCGAGCGUGCAAGAACUCAAACGCCUUCUACCUUUUCGCUUUUCGUGCGCUUGGUUUUUGCCUCUUCUCUUUCUCUGUCACAUGAUACCUACCCUUCGUGAUCGCCUUUUCUCUCUCCCACCCCAAAGAUCUCUUAAUCUUGAGGAAGCCAACGUGAUAAUAAUUCUGUUGUUUGCAUUUUAGUCCUGAACAUCAAGACUGUGUUCAAAGUCGUGGGCGGCAUUACAAUAGCUUCCACCUUAUCACUGUUGACACGUGACUGUACUUAUGAUCAGCUCACGAACGCCAUUAACACCUGUGUGCUUCCUGCUGGGGCCAAUCUGAUUCAAAUUUCAGAGGGAUGUGUGUGUCUCAAAGUUCAAGUUAAGAAUCUAUCAGCUCUCGAGGAUUUGUGGCGUUUGUACAAAGUUGGUACACUAAGAGCAAGUCUACAAGCUUUAUUUGUUACUGACGAAAUGAAAGAGCUUGCUGGUGGAAAGCAAGUGGAAGUGGAUGUGACCAUCGACGAAGAAGAAAACGAGAAAGCUCGGAACGAGCUAUCAACUUUCAGAGAACAAGGUUAUAAAAGCACACUAAACGUUAUACAGGAAACAUAGUUACGUAUUUCAAUUUGACUUUACUGCUACCUUGUAGCACUAGCCAUUCAAAAGUUCUGUUAAAUAGACCCUUGAAAACCGCAGAUUCUUCGGAGCAUGGGACGCACUGGAACAGAAAAAGUUAAGUACUCUCAUCAUUUAAAAUGGUAACUUUUUUUGUUGACCUCUCUCGGUGCGUCUCUUGCUGUACAGUAUGGAGGUUUUGUACCACGUGAAUGACAAGAAAAUUCCUCCGAGCUCGGCAGUUUGGCAACCCAAUAUGGCGGUGUUUCACCUAACAACGUUUGAUACUUUGGGAAGGAAACCAUAAGCCCCUGCUUUAGGCUAAAUCGUACUGACCUUAAAAGCGAAUCUUAAGCCCUAAAACGUUUCAUUUACAUUCUCACUUUCAUGAUAAUUAUUAGAGCUUUAAUUUUACGAUCAUUGUCAGUGACAUCUGAAUUUUUGAUACCACAGUUUUGAGUUUAGAUGAACCUGAUGGCCAGGAAGAGAGGCAACUUCAAUACCUAGAUCAGGAAAAAUUAUCGUACAUUACGAAUUACUUAGAGCAAACGAGGGAUACAGAUGUACAUAGUUUAUCUACAGAGGACGACAGUGGAAAGCCAGGAUCAAAUAGUGCACCAUCGGAAUUUGGAUUUGACGAAACCAGCGGUAUGAAUCAGUCAAUUCCAAGAGUACCCAACCCAAACCCCCAGAGCAUUUGUCAACUUGCGCGAUGGACAUUUGUCAUCAAGGGUAUGCCCAGGGAUGUUACAUCGGGGUCAGUUAGUGGUUUAUUCAAGCGAGCAAAGACGCAGGCGCAGAGGGAAAACAGAGUUUAUUUAAAGAGCGUGUGCGAAAUCGGCAGGAUGACACGCUAAAAACCCGGAUUACGCCUUAGUCUUCAAGUCUGUUUAGUAAGAAACGAAAUAUAUACAUUUUAUCUGUGUCUCUAAUAUUUUCUGACAGUCCCAUGGAUUCACACUCCUGAAAACAAUUCAUACUAGUGUCAUCGUCCGUUCCGUUUCAAUUGAUAGCAGUUUAUGCUAUUUAUUUUACUGCGCUUUUCACUAACAUGCGAAUUCUGAAGUUCAGAAGCCAUCACUGAUGAUUGCGUUUUUCGCUGCCGUCAAUCAUCUUAACGGACCUCCUAGGAAACAAAUCUUUACUUUAACGGGUUCAAAAGGUCAUGGUUUGUGAUUUGUGGAUUUCGAUCCGUUUUGUGUGUUUCUGUGUUUCGUGGUUCGUUGCUUGUGAUAGUAUUUAUGAUUUACGGCAGCGAAAAACGCAAUUGUGAAGGCAGCUUUUGAACUUUGGUGUUCGCAUGUUUGUGAAAAGCGGAGUAAGUCAACAUUUGUUAAUUUCAGAUUUCGUUUUUGCCUUGUAUUUGUAGAUUCCACCCCUAAACUGUUCUUGAAAGAUCUGAGUAAAGAAGUGACUGAGGAACUAACGUCCAGGCUUAAUGGGAACCAAGAUGUUCUAAACCGAUUUUACCGUUCAUUCGGGCUUAAUCCUGAUUUACUGCACGACGAACUUGACCGGAGGAACAUUGGAAAAAUUUUUCCCGAUACCCCAGUCAAGCUGCUGAAGGAAGUUUUUGAGGCCCUAAAACUGUUUGACUAUGCAGAAUUCUUAGAGAAAGUAACAAAACCACGGACACUUCGUCCUGCUCUUCCGCUAAAAGAAAUUGAAAAGUUAUCGAGUGUCAGUAACCGCCCAACAAAGGUUUACAGCAAAGCAAAGGUUUUAAUAGUCGACGUCUGUGAAGCCUGUGAAACCUCCGCAGACAAUGAUUUAGAAACAGCUGGAUCAUUUUUUAAAGCGCAGAAUUCACGGAACGAGGUAACCACAUUAAGGACUGAUUCUUUUAAGGAAUUGUUAGCAGAUCUUGAUGCCCUAACGAGACGCAUGAGAGAAAAAAAAAGUGAUGACAGCAGGGCACAGAGAAGGGAAGCACACUUGAAAAACCUUCUGUAAAACAAGAUCCCAGACAGCUAUAUCAAAUUAAAAGUAAGAAAGUUCAGAGAAUUAUAUAAUAUUCCGGAUGAGGCUCACUUGAGAAACGAAGAUGAAGACGCUCUGCAGCAGGUGAUGCGUUCUAACACCAAGAAGGACAAGCAACUAUUAACUUUGUUUUCCAAAGAGGAGCCUGCGAUGAGAAAUGAACUAAAAGAGCUGACGGAAAAAAGAGAACAAUGGAAAACCGAAAGGAAGCCAUUAAUCGAGAAGCAGAUAAAGGAGAAGGAGGAAGAACUGAAAAAAGAAACUGAGAAAAUUGAAAUGGCUGUUUUAAGCGACAUCGACAAAUGGAUAGAAAUACACCCAAAUGAUAAAGGUUCGAUGUCAUACCCCUUGUAACAUUCAUUCAGCAACGUUCCAAACUAUUUUAAGUCCUGUUUAAGCAUGCAUCCACACACUGUUCGAUAUUAGUUGAACAGAAGGUAUAACAGUUACUGUAAGUCAACGCUGAACCUUCUACCCCCUGGUACACUUUUGCGCACCCUGCGAAACUGUGAACCUUAUAAUUAACUCAAGUAAAAAGUCAAUCAUAGCUCCUCUGAAUCGUUUUCCUCUUUCAGAAAGCUUAAAAUUGGCAAGAAAUAAUAUCCAAAAUUGAUUAGAAUUCUAAGCGCGGCCUAACUUUAUUUUUGUCUGUUAUAAAAUGUGAAUGAUCCUGAGAGACUUUUUAACAAAAAAAUCUCUGUUUUGGUUUUUGUAGGAAAGGUGUCGACCCUUUUUGUCUUCCUUGUUCAGAAUAGCCUGAGACUGGACCGAACGGGUGGUGCAGUUCUACAACAGAUGCUUAUCAGAAUAAAAAGACGCUUGAGUGAAAAACUGGCACUUAUUCCAGAAACAAAGGUAGUGAUAACAAAUAAUGUGACACGUACGAGGGAAGAAGGAAACAU